CACCCAGGAGAGCUAAGAUUACAUUUGUUGCUUGAUGUACAGGGUGGCCCAACGCUCAUUUAACCGAAAAACGAACAUGACUAUGGACACCCUGUACCCAAAUGCGUGCCAAUUGACUUAAUAAGUCUCCGGUAAUAAGCUCAGAACAUUUUUCCAGCCAACGUUGACACGUCCUACUAAUCUAUCUAAUUGUCCUAUCGCACAUCUUUCCAAAUGGAAAAUUAGGUUGAAAUUGAUUUUCGUUUGUUUAUGGCAGUCGUUUCUAUGGAGCUUCAUUUAUUAUUAACCGAAACGUUUAUCCAUAGACAGUGACCAUUAACCGGGGAAAUGGAGCGGACUGAGCGGCUGUCCCAUUGCUGGGUGACAGUGACCAAUCAGCGGGCCCGUCAACUGGUUGCCCGGGCAACUGCUUUGUUGUUAUCUAGAUAGCUGUCACUGGGCGUAGGAGGCGUCCGUCCAUGGACACCUCGAUAGUCCGAUUCCAUUGAAAAUCGGCAUCAGGCCGGCUUUGGACAGUUACCAGCUAGUGCCAAAAGAGCGAGUUGGGCGGGAGGAUUUUUCCGAACUGAACACGAGCAAACAAUGUCAAAAGACUGACUCAAAGGUUGCUUAGUUUAGUUAGAGCCGAUUUCCGCCCACGUCUCCUGCCUCCAUCCAAUCCUACAUGACCCUGCUGAAGGUGAAGAGCGUGCACAGUUCGAAAAUGGAGAACGGCAAAGAGCUGAGCCAGAUGUUCAUCGAGGACGAAACCCUUCAACUGUCCGCAGGCUCCUCCCGCAGACCGAGCGACGAGAGCGUGAAGAGCCUCAAUCUGCCGCUGGAUCGGGACAUGGUGAAAGUGGUGACGCCGCGUCCUUUCACCAGCGACAUCGACAACGCCACCACCAAAAAUCGCUCCAAGUCCCUGGUGAACAUUUCCCGAAGGAACCGAAGCCCCUGUUUCGACCAUGACGGCCUGGGGAACAUCGAGGAGAGCCCCAAAUAUACGGCCUAUCGACGGGGCUCCUGGCAGCAACAGAAAGCCGACCUGCCGAAAUUGAACAACUUUGUCGCCAUCAAGGACGCUUUUGGAGCCCAGCUGGACACCGACCAAACGAUCACCUUGCCCGGCACGCCACUGCCCUCCCUGGUCCAGAACUGUGACGAUGAGGUUCCGGAGGAUCCGCCCCCAAUGACGCCCCCCGCAGAAAGAUCGCAGAACCCAAAUCCGGACAGUCUGUUCUUCCGGGAUGGGCGGCGCAAAAUCGACAUGGUGCUGGUGUACGAAGAGGAGGAGUUGGGCGUGAUGACGGAGGCGGAGGCCAAAAGGAGGGACAAUCGCAAGAUUUUCCAGGAGAACUUGGUGAAAGAGGGUCUGGAACUGGAGCUGGAACACAAGGAGCUCUCUUUUGAUGGCAAAACGUGGUUUCUGAAGAUUCACUUGCCGUGGAAGACCAAAACGCGAUAUGCGGCGCUGAUGGGCAUGAAGCUGCCAGUGAAGCGGUUUAUCACCAUUUCGGUGAAGGCUUGGGACGAUAAAAAGGACCAAACCAAGGGCCUCUCGACGUGGCAGACUUGGACGAAGCAAUGGCGCGCCCUAUGCGAAUACAAUCACGAACUAAUACCCAAAGAGCCAUCGUUUUACGAUGCCACUGAGGGCCGAGACCGGGAGGAGCAAAUUCGAGACUAGCGUGAAAACGUUCCGGACUAAUCCAGUGACGAGGGAAAAAGAGCCGUAUCUUCCCACGUCCCAAAAGGUGUUCCGAAUGGUCAUUACGGGCAGCGCCGUGUUUUUCAUGCUUUUUGUGGUUCUGGCCGCCGUUCUCGGCACCAUCAUCUAUCGGCUCUCCUUGGUGACGAUCAUCUAUGGAAGCCAGAACCUGUUCCUGAAGAAUCACGCGAAGAUCGUCACCUCAGUAACGGCCGCCCUCAUCAACUUGAUCUUCAUCAUGAGCCUGACGCGGGGCUACCAUCGGCUGGCCAUCUAUUUAACCAACCUGGAAAGCCCGAGAACGACCACAGAGUUCGAGGACUCCUACACGUUCAAAAUAUUCCUGUUCGAGUUUAUGAAUUUCUACUCUUCUUUGAUCUACAUCGCGUUCUUCAAGGGCCGGUUCUUCGAUUAUCCGGGCGACACCAUCAGUAGAAAGUCGGAAUUCUUCCGCGUCAAAGGCGACAUUUGCGAUCCAGCCGGCUGUUUGAGCGAGCUGUGCAUCCAGCUGGCCAUCAUCAUGAUCGGCAAGCAGAUGCUGAAUAAUUUCGUGGAAAUCUUCAAUCCUAAGUUCUACAACUGGUGGCGGUAUCGGUCGCACCGCUCCAACACCAAGGACUUGAGCAGGAAGCACACCAGGUGGGAGGAGGACUACCAUCUGCAGGAUCCAGGGCGGCUGGCCCUCUUCGACGAAUACCUCGAAAUGAUUUUACAAUACGGGUUCGUGACGCUGUUCGUGGCGGCCUUCCCUUUGGCCCCACUAUGCGCGCUCAUCAACAAUGUGGCGGAAAUUCGGCUGGACGCCUACAAGAUGGUGACGCAAGCCAGGAGGCCUCUGGCCGAACGCGUUGAGGACAUUGGGGCCUGGUAUGGGAUCCUCAAAGCCAUCACCUACGCAGCUGUGGUUUCAAAUGCCUUUGUGAUUGCCUACACCAGCGAUUUCAUCCCCCGGAUGGUCUACAAGUACAAGUACUCGGCGGCAGAGGACUUGGUGGGCUACAUCGACUCAUCCCUAUCAGUGUUCAAUACGUCGGACUAUCACGAGAAUAUGGGCCCGGAUGAUAAAGCGCAAACGCCCGAUGUGUGCCAGUACAGAGGGUACAGGAACGGCCCCAACGAGUCGGAUCCCUACGGGCUCAGUCCGCAGUAUUGGCACGUGUUUGCCGCCCGGCUGGCUUUUGUGGUCAUUUUCGAGCAUGUGGUGUUUGCUCUGGUUGGCAUCAUGCAGUAUGUGAUUCCAGACGUGCCCAGUGAGCUAAAUACCCAAAUCCAACGGGAAACGCUGCUGGCGAAGGAAGCCAAGUACGAGCAUGGACUGAGGAAAACUGAAUACGAUUAUGAUGAUGUGCUCAACACGAUCAGGGAAAACGACAGCAGGAACAACGACUCGAAAAUCGGAAUUCGUGGCUCUUGGGCGCGACGACUGAGUAGACUGUCCGACGGGUUGGACGCCCAUGUUGAGGUGGUGAGCCGCAAGAAAAACUCCAUCACCCAAUCGACCGUAUGGGAAUACUCGUAAUGUUAAGCCUCAAGUAUUAGCUGUUAAUCGAUUUCCUUUGUGCCAUUCAAGCAUGUUGAUGACGAUCUAUCUACAUUAGUCCGGCUCUGCGCAAUGGCCAGAUCAUUGGCUGUCCGCGCAUGUAACAGACAGUGAUAGAGCGAUGCGUUUGACGUUUUCGACAAUGGUCUGGCCAAUGCGCGUCUUCGACGUUUGUUCAUGCAAUAGAGAUGUUUACAACUU